CUUAUCAUUGCAACCUACUGCAGAGAGAUUCUAGAAAUGGCGGAUCCUACAAUGAACAAGGUCAGAGAAGGGAGAAGAGUACAAGUGACUGUCUUGGGGAUAAUAUGCAGCAUCGCUUUCCCUCGUAACUUCAUCCGAAAUUCUUUUGCAGCCUUUUUAAUUACUCUCAGACAUAGAUGAUGCAGAGAUCGACCUCCAGUAUGUCGCCACGCUAUCUUAAUCCUCAGGAGCCAUACACUCGUGCCCGUGAUAAUCCAUUUUUCGAUGGCAUGAGGAGGGGUGGUGGGCCUGCUGUGAUUGACAAUAAGAAUACUCUUGAUGUUCAAAGUAAGAUUCCCCAAAACAUUUCGAGAUCACCAUCAAAUAUUGUUCAUAGUCAUAAAAGACAUUUUUUCCAAAGGACAUUGUUCCCCGCUAUUCAAUCAGAUUCAGAAAUUGAUUUGAAAAAUGGUGGGGCCGUCCUGGGCUCUGUUGACAUCCCUCCUCAUGAAUCAGCCCAAGAAAGUCAUUUUCGUGAUAUUCUACUAGUGAAGCCUGCAAUUGAAAAUUUAUAUUGCGUAAACAAGAGAACAAGUUUUUCUGGAAUCUCACUUCCUCCAUCAGCUGCUUCAUUCUAUAAUGGACAUUCACCUAACAUGGAAGUUGUAGAAUUGUCUGAAAGUGUCAAUAGGCUUAAUCUUUAUCUUAAGGCAAGGAAGGAUGAUGUUAAUGCUGGAAUUCCAGGAAAGUUCUUGCGUGCUGUUAUCGGGCAAGAUCUACCUGAUGUUGGAUCAGUUGCUUCAACCAUCAUGUAUGCCUUUUACUUGAAUGAAACACGGAAAUGUAGCAGUUUGUGCACUGUGCCAGUUAUCAACAUGAAGAGAGCUGAUCUUGACAACCAUAAUGAGAUCAAGUGGUUGCUUGUUUCAUGUCGUAUAGAUCAAUCAUCAAUGAUUUUUAUUGAUGAGAUUGACCUGUCAUAUUAUGAUCUGUUUGGAAGUCUGAAGCUGGUCUUAAAUGGUGACAAACUCCCAACCAAACUAGAGGUGCUGAAGGAAGCUUUGGUUGAAAUAUUCAAUUUCCAACAGGGAGAUCCUGCAUACCCUUGGGUUCAGAAUAUUACCUUGAAAGAGGGAUGUUCUUCCUGUGCACAUGUCGCAGAAAAAAUUGCCACCACUUCACCUGAGAUAUUGUCUGCACAGGGAUUCAGUAGACUUUUGUUGGCAGGCAUACUCAUGGAUACUAGCAACUUAACUAAUCUUCAGUGUACAACCAAGGAUAAAUACAUGGCCACCUUACUCAUUAAUGGGGCUGGUCGUUUUGGACUGGAUGGUCUUUACCAGAUCUUGAGAUACAAAAUGUAUGAUUUAUCCAACCUCAGUAUAGGGGAUAUCUUGCGGAAGGAUUUCAAGAAGUGGACAAGAGUAGGUAAACCAGAUGGUAUUGAUUCAAGAAGGACUAUGUCUCAGAUUUGGAUGAGUUCAAUUGGCCUUUCGAUUGGACAGCUUCUUGCUCAUGCUGAUUCUUCGGUGCAACAAAUUGCAUACUUUCAACAAAUGGAGAGAAUCGGUCUACUCGUGAUUGUUUCUGGUUAUUAUGACUGCGAGAGGAACUUCAAGAGAGAAAUCCUGAUAUCUGCUGAAUAUAUGGAGCAACUGAAAGAGAUGCUUCACUUUCUUAAUUCAAAAUCGUCCCAACUGCCACUUAAGCAUCAUCAUCUUUUACCAGGAGGAGGCGGAUUAUUAUUAUGUGACAAAAAAAUCAAAGUGUUUGAGGUUGAUAAGCUGGUUUCCUCCAGGAAGACAAUCGAGAGGUUGUUGGAAGAAUUUAGUGGAACAGAUCUUCAUUAAUUAAUAAAUAAAUAAAUAAAUAAAUAUUUUUGUAACAGAACUCCUAUAUAUAUUAUGUUUGUAUUUUCCAAUUUAAAGGAAUGAAAUAAUUAUUAUAAUA